UGAGAGAUUAGUGAGGCAAUCGAUUCCAUUCAGUUUACAUUUUGGAUUUCUUUUUUCUCUCUCUUAAAUUUGUACAGCUCUCAGCAAGCGCAGCUCCUAGCCGAAUUGAGGUGAUUCCCAUUGACUUGCUCAAGAAUUCUUAAAAAUUUCACAGUAGAAACACAGAGAGGAAUACCAUAUAUAAAUUGAGAAAGCGAUAGGCAGUGUAAGAGAUAGGGCGGGAGAGAGUGUGUGAAGAAGAGAGACUACAGACUAGAGACUAGAGAUGAAGACAACUUCGCUGCUGCUGCGCCUGCGUAGCAUUUGGAUCAUGUCCAGCUGGCUGCGCCACGAAGGACUCGCCGCGGCGGCAAUGGUCGUGACUCGUCGGGAGAAGAAUCUGCAGCGCCUCGAAUACGAGCAGAAGUUGGAAUCGGAUGUGGGUCAAGUGGGAGUCGAUUCACGGGGCCAGCUGCGCCGUGUUCGCGUUAUGGACGACUAUAUCAUACCAGCCGAAUGCGGACUCUAGAUGAGCAUAAUAAAAACCGGCGAAUCAAAAUGCAAAUCCAAAUUUUCGUCCGAGCAUAGUAGAGAUCGUUAAUGGGACACCUAAAUUACAAAAUAUAGAAAUAAUAAAUAUGUCGUGAAUAUAA